AUGUUGAUAAUGAUGAAAUGCUGCCGCGUGUUGCCAGAAGAACCUCCCGUUCCAGAGUUCAAACAUGUAGACGAAACAAAUUUGCAAGUCGUAGCAGAAUGGAAUAACGAGAAUGCCAUACAAAACGUACAGCUGCAUAUUCAGUUAGGUGGCAUUUGUGAUUACUUCCGUGCUCCAGUGCAUAUCGAUUUUCUUUUUACUCGAGCAUUUUUGCAAGGUGUGCUCACAAGUAUUCCAAGAGAAACACGAGAGCGGUCAACACACCCUUUCCUUGAUUAUUACCCUAACUGCCUUUAUGUUCAAAUUGAUGGAAUCAAGUUUGGAAAACGCAAGUAUAAUGGAGUUGUAAAUCACUCGAUUGGUCACGUCGCAUAUGAUCAGAAUCUAGGAAACAAUGUACGAGAGGCCGAGGUCCAUGAGCCGUCUAUUUUUACUCGUGGUACAGAUGGAAACCCACCUGGAGAUCAAGAGUUAAUACGCACAAGAGCAGCGAUUCGUGAAGCUUGGUACUUAGCUAAAUUUAACAGACGUGCUAAAAACAUCCAGGUAGAGGAAGCAAACCAUUUGGCAAAAGUAAAUCGUGGGCGCACUCUUCUUGGUGAAGUCGACGUGAGCUAUGACGAAGAUUCGUUGAUGAAUAGUGAUAAUGAUUACGAAGCAAUAAACGAAGAAGUUCAUGUAGAAUCAUUUGUUAAUUCUAAUUGGAGAUCACCAUCCCCAGUCGUGGUCGACAAUAUGUCGUCACCCAACAUUGUUGAUGGUUCAUUGAGCCCAGAAUUAUUGCAUGGAUUACACUCACCAUCUCUUUCAGCAAAUGAAGCAGCUGCAGUGGAUGCACCUAUUUUGUAUUCACCUUCAAAUUCACCUGUACCAAGUCCCAUUGUUCGCCGCACUCGUACUCGUGGUAGUUGUCGUCGAAGAGGUUGUCCUCGCAGUUUAAAGACUACAACUCGUGCGCGUGGUAGAAACAGUCAUGUCAAUCGUCGAUAA